CCGGCACGAGACCAAAGGCGGGGCGGGGCGGGACCGGGCGCGCUUGGCCGCAGCUUGUUCUUGAGACGCGCUCGCAUUGUUUUCCCCUCCCGGUUUAACCUGCGGCGAAUUCGGGCAGGGUCUGCCGGAAUAGCAGCUGGGCCAAAUUGCAGCGGAGGCUUGUCUAGCUUCUGAGCGGAGGGAGCGAGCGGGCGCGCUUCGCAGUGCAGUGCAGUGCAGUGCAGUCGGUGCGAGUGCAAACAUGGUGAUGUUCAAGCGAGUCAAGACCUUCCAGCUGGCCCUCAGCGAGCCCGACAAGGUCUACAGCAGCGGGGAGAGCGUGGCCGGCGCCGUGUUGGUGGAAGUGGCCGAAGUCACCCGGGUCUCCAGCGUCAGGAUCCUGGCCUGCGGGGUGGCCCGGGUGCUGUGGAUCAAGGGACCCCAGCAGUGCAAGCAGGAGAUGGAGUACCUCCGCUACGAAGAGGCCCUCACCCCGGCUGACCACCCCGUGGAUAAAGAUGGUUCUAUGACUCUAAGACCAGGAAACACCUACAAAUACAAUUUUGAAUUCAAGCUGCCUCAAGGGCCCCUUGGCACGACCUUCAAGGGCAAAUACGGCUGUGUUGAUUAUUGGGUAAAGGCUUUCUUGGAUCGUCCAAAUUCUCUGACUCAAGAGAUAAAAAAGCACUUUGAGGUUAUGGAUCAGAUUGACGUCAACAGUCCAGACUUGCUGUUGCCGGUCUCGGCCAAGAAGGAGAAGAAGGUGUCCUGCAUGUUCAUCCCUGAUGGGCACGUGUCCGUUAGUGCCCGGAUCGACCGCAAAGGAUUCUGCGAAGGUGAUGACAUCUGUAUCAACGCUGACUUUGAAAACACCUGCUCCCGGAUCGUGGUGCCCAAGGCCGCCAUCGUUGCCAAGCAUACCUACCUGGCCAACGGGCAGACGAAGGUCUUCUCCCAGAAACUCUCCUGCGUCAGAGGCAAUCACAUCGUCUCUGGCAUGUCUGAGUCGUGGCGUGGCAAGACGCUCCGCGUCAAGAAGAUCAAGCCAUCCAUUCUGGGCUGCCACAUCCUGCGCGUGGAGUACUUCCUUCGGAUCUACGUCAGUGUGCCGGGCUCCAAGAAAAUCAUCCUGGAGCUGCCCCUCGUUAUCGGCAGCAAGUCCUCCAGCAUCGGCAGCCGCAGCUCCAGCAUGGCCAGCCAGACGAGUUCCGAGAUGAGCUGGAUCGACCUCAACAUGCCUGAUAUCCCCGAAGCACCUCCAUGCUACCUGGACAUUGUCGACGAAGACCAUCGUCUGGAGAGCCCCACAACGCCUCUCCUGGAUGAGCUGGACAACUCCUUUGACAGCCCUAUCUUCAUGUACGCGCCAGAGUUCAAGUUCAUGCCUCCGCCUACCUACACGGAGGUGGAUCCCUGCACCACUAACAGCAACGUCCAGUGAGCCGGCCAAAGAAGCAACUCGAUGCAGUUGUCCUUCUCUCCAGCCUUUCCUGGACUUUCAGCAAUUGCACCGUGCCGGAAGCCCCUGGUCGACGAGGGCGGGAGGCCUCCUGGUGCCAGGGCUUCUUGCAGGGAACUGAACUGCACUGAACGGCCGUCCCAGUGCCUCUAUCUGCAUACGUGGCACAGGCAACGGGAGAAGCCAUGGGGGUCGGCUCUGGGCCUGAGCUUUGCCCUCUUCCCCCAAAGCCUUUCAGAACUGCCCCCAGCAAAAUGAGAGGUGCCGAAGUAAACCUCCGAACACAAGAUGCGGGGUGGAGGCAGGCGGAAGUGCUCUUGGGGAAAGCGUUUGGUGUUUCUUUUGGACAGGGAGAAAUGAAAAGGCAGCAGGACUGGGAAGAAAUACUACUUAAAUAACAAAACUUGUUCAUGGUGCCUCAGCUAUGUUAAUAGUAUUUUGUAUUGGAGAUUAACAAGGGGGUUGUCUGAAGAUUUUAAUAAGGAAAAACUAGCUUUUUAGCAGCUUAAAUUUGUGUUUUUCCAAGUAAAGUGAAUCAUUAAACAUGAAAAGUCAGACAUUAAACCUACCACUUUAACUUUGGGGACGCUUAGAAGAAUGUGUGGAGAGAGUUGUUAUAGUGACGCUUGUAGGUGUUACUGGAGAUGCUGGAUGGGGUUCUCUCAUCUGCACUAGGUGAAGAAGGGAAGAGGUGAAAAUAGAAAAGUGUAGCAAGUGCUGAAAAUUUUAGAUGGCAAUAAACACUCCCUCUAAAAGGAGAGACUGAUUUUUUUCAAUAAGCAAUGGAUCUGUUUCUGUUAUUUUGUACCGGUGAAAAUGCAACUCAAGACACUGCUUAGAAGUGUCACUUUCUAAAACUACUUAUUUAAAAAGACUGUUUCUGUAGCAAUUGAUUUCUGUCUUUGUGCUAAGUAUGUAAGUAGCCAGAGUUCUGUGAAGGAGAGAGAAUCGCUAUGCCUGUGUGCUCACCUAGUUUUGUCAGUGCUGUGUGGAUAAACCAAUGCGGAUACUUGUGGCAGGUGGCCGGCCUUCAUUGGUGCAGGGGCAAGAUUUGAGGCCUUUCUGAUAAAUCUAUCAUGCAUUUCCUCAUUUCCUUGGAAUCAAACGCAUAGAAGACCAAUUUUGUUUUGUCAAAAGUGCCAAAUGUUUGUGUUUCCCAGCCAAGUUCGCACCCUGAGCCUCAACUGUAGUUUUCACACUGAACCAAAAUGGAGGUGUUCCAUUUCUAGGUUGCUUGUUUUUCCCCCCCUCAUUUUUUUCAGCAAAUAGCUUGGUUUAUCCCUCACUGACAGAGGAAAAAUGCACUUUUUCAACCAUUUCUUAAAAGCACUGCAUAUCCAAAGUGUUAAUUGAACCCAUGUUUUGUCACAAAAAAUAUCUUGAUGGUUAACAAGAUAACUUGUGACAGUUGGACAUAAGUCUGGGUAUACUAAACUGUUUUAUAUCGUGUUUUUUGUUUUGCUUUUUGUAUUGGUUUAAAACUUAUAUUUUGUACUAUUAUAAGCCUCCUUUUGGGGCAAGAUUUAUAAUAAAUGUUUAAAAAAUGA